AUGGAGGAUGUCCGUGUGAUUGAAAAGAUCUUGAGAUCUUUAGAUUUGAAGUUUGAUUAUAUUGUUGUGGCAAUUGAAGAAUCAAAUGAUUUAGAAUCCAUGACUGUUGAUCAGUUGUUGGGAUCAUUAUAUGGAGCUGUUAAAGAAGACAAAGUAUUUUAUGCCAAAAGUGAAGAAGAUGAAAAACCUACUUUGUUAUUCUCAUCUGAUAGGAAUGAAGGCAAAGAUCAAGAAUCAUGGUUCUUGGAUAUAAGGGCAAGCAACCAUAUGACAGGCAAGAAAAAUUUAUUCGUGACCAUUGAUGAAUCAUAUAAUGGUAUUAUUUCAUUUGUAGAUGAUAAAAUAAUAGUUUACAAAGGCAAAGGUGAUAUCUUGAUUCAAGCCAAGAAUGGCUCACAUCAGUUCAUUACUGAUGUAUAUUAUGUUCCAGAAAUGAAAGUGAAUAUGUUGAGUUUAGGCCAACUUUUGGAGAAAUAA